AUGUCUUGCUCUGCACGUUCCUCAAUCCAAUAAAAUAUGGAAGAUUCCUAAAUAAAUAGCUUUGCUAAAAAGUACACUUUCGAAGAGUAAAAUCAAAUUCACACUUCUGAAACUUGCUCAUCUAACAAUUCACCUAAUGACUCUUGCUCUUCACGUAGAGAUUAAGCUAAAAGCGUAUUUAAUAUUGAAGAUUAUCUUGUGAGUACUAAUAAAAAUCAAUCCUCUAAGGAUGAUUUCUCAUCUGCUCUUGCCGCAACAAUUGCUUCAGAAUCAAAUGCUACUUUAGAGUAACUAAGUUUCUCUUAAUUCCCACUUACCGCUUCUAGCUCUAUCUUUUACAACUCAUUUUAUGAGUAAAAUAGUCUUGCAAACCUUCCUUUGACACCUGCUACUAAAAGAUCUUCUCUUAAAAAGCCUCUUGCUCGUAAAUCUGUAUUUCUUGAAGACCAAUUUUGCGAAAAAAUUGAAAAAAAAGUUAAAGGGAAUGAUGUCUAAGACUCUCAGCCUAUCCAUGAAGUUGUAGAAUUCUGCACAAACGACGGAUCAAAGACAUUUAAAUUUAAUUGUUUCCCUGAACGUUUACUGAGCAUCCCCGCAGAAUUUUAAGAUAAAAAUAUUAAUCAUAAUUCUGACAAUGACGCUGAAUCUAGUGAUGAAACUAUAUAAAGCGCCUGUCGUUAUAACUUGCGCAAAUUAAAGCUUGAAUUAAUGGAAUUAAGUACCACUUUUAGAUACUCUCACUAUCAUGUUGAUUUUGACAAAGUUUCAUCUUAAUACAUAGAAAAAAAAUAAAAGAAAGAAUAAGAAAUUCAAUCAGGAGACACCUCAUAGCCUGAAAUAAUGACGUAGUAACAGUUCAUCUAAUGUUAAUAGGACGAGUAAAAAUAAUAAAGUGAAAAUACAGUCUUAUAAUAAAAUAAUGAAAACUCAUAAAGCCUAUUAAUUCAAUAGUGA